AUGGAUUUUAUUGUUGUAGUUUCCGGGUGAGACAUUUUCAGGACUUCUUGAGAUAAUCUACUUGCAUUUUCAGAGUUGUUACGAUGUUACCGUUUUCUCCCGCCACCACAUCCGCCAACCAGCCGGUCGACACAGUAGAUCUGCGAACACUUCGAGCUGUUCGAGUGUUACGACCUCUCAAACUGGUUUCUGGAAUUCCAAGUCAGUUAACAGGCUCUGAAUCCCCUCUCAAACAGAUAUCAUUCAGGUUUACAAGUCGUCUUGAAAUCCAUCCUGUGUGCAAUGGCUCCAUUGCUCCAAAUCGGACUGCUUGUUCUGUUUGCCAUUGUCAUCUUUGCUAUCAUCGGACUAGAAUUCUACUCGGGUGCAUUUCACGCUGCGUGUUACAACGAACGCGGUGAAAUUGAGAAUGUGUCUGAGAAGCCAAUGCCCUGUACGAACAAGACCUCGCCGAUGGGUGUGUACAACUGUGAUGUCAAAGGAACCACUUGCUUGAACAAAUGGAUAGGACCCAAUUAUGGUGAGUUGUUCUUGGUUGAAAAUAUGAAGGAAAACUAAUUUGGUUGCAGGAAUCACAUCGUUCGAUAAUAUCGGAUUUGCCAUGAUCACUGUGUUUCAAUGCAUUACUAUGGAAGGAUGGACAACUGUCAUGUACUAUGUGAGUUUUAUUUUUGUUUUCAUGAGCUCCUAUAAUGAUGUGAGACAUUUCAGACGAACGAUUCACUAGGAAGCACUUACAACUGGGCGUAUUUCAUCCCGCUCAUUGUUUUAGGAUCAUUUUUUAUGUUGAACCUCGUUCUCGGAGUGUUGUCUGGGUGUGCUUACAUGGCUUCAUUGCAAUUUUAUACAUUUUUCUUCAGAGAGUUUGCAAAAGAACGUGAGCGUGUAGAAAAUCGACGGGAAUUCUUGAAGCUCAGAAGGCAACAACAGAUCGAAAGAGAGCUCAAUGGGUAGAGUGCUGAUAUGAUUUUGACUGACUUCAAAGCGUGUUCCAUUCAGAUACCUUGAGUGGAUUCUAACAGCAGAAGAGGUAAUCCUGAAAGAAGACCGAACGACUGACGAAGAAAAGGCAGCGAUCAUGGAAGCCCGUCGACGAGCGGCCAACAAGAAGCUGAAGCAGGCGUCGAAACAGCAGUCGACAGAAACGGAAGAAGAUUUUGAGGAAGAUGAGGACGAGAUGGAAGAGGAAUACGUGGACGAAGGUGGAGCCGUGGAGGACGAAUUCGGCAAGAUCAUUUUAUUUCAUUCGCAUGCCUGA